AUGCCUUCAAAGGGCCCGGUGGCGGCCAAAAUCCCAGCAAAUAACAGAAAUAACAGAGUCGGACAGCGAGGAUUACGCGCCGUCUCCCGAAGACUAUCCGGUUUUCCACCGCCGCCGCGAAGUAUUAUCGAGAACCCAUUUCAGUACUGGGACGCCAUAUUGGCGAGGAAAUUCGGAGCUCCUCAAGGCUAUUUUGAAGACUCCUCUCUUUUCGCCCUCUACAGGUUAUAUGAAUUCAUCAUUCUAGAUCAUGUUUUUGCCUACCGGGAUACCCUCGAAGCCUUCUGGCGUCAACGCCAAUGGGAUGUUCAAAGUAUUCCCGAUCCGCAAGACGACGACACGGAGAGGUACGCUUUCCUCGCCGGUUGUGCGUACCUCCUUGUUCGAUCCUUCAAUGAAAGAGUCAAGCUAGGCCUUAGGCGUGACAAUUCCCCCUUGAUCACGCCGGAAGAAGCAGAGAGAGCGAGGAACAUUCCCGACCAGCUCUGCCAGUGGGAAAAAGUCCCAGAAUGGGCAAAAAAUGUCCCGCCAUUAAGGGCUACUCUCGUCUUCCCUACCCAUGAUGGAGUCAUCACAAAGGAUGAAGAUGACCCUAGAGCUGAUCCAGAUUUCUUAGCUAAGAAUAUCUUGCUUUGGACACCCCACAUCUCUUUCACAUGA